AGCACAGUUACGGCUCGGUCCUCAAAUCGGCUGGCCACGAUUUCGCGUCCGUGGAUCUUUUGCCAUAAUAGGUACUUUGUUAGCAGUUCUCGCAAGAUAACAACUGAGAAUCUUUGAGUUUUUAAAAAUUUUCCUUCUCUUUCCUCCUACGGCACUGGCCUGAUCCAUUCCUUGGGAGGGAAGUUAUUUAAACUGGAGUUAAUUCGACUGGAUUGAACAAAGAUUGUUUGGCUGCUGCUACGAAAGGAGCAAAAUAUUUUUGAAAAAUCAGUACCGUGUUUUAGAAUUAUUUUUCAUGUGGAAUUUGAAAAUUUGUGUAACAUACCGUACAUUGUCAUAUUGACGUACUUCAAUUCCAGCAUCGACAACAAUACGAAAUUCAAGUCAACACUUAAAAUUAACGUUAGUUUGUCAAAGACGCACAAGGGAGCUCCUUCAAACCAUUGUCAUAGCGUGCUUUCCAUCGUUACUCAACGUUGUCCAUAGAAAGUUUGUUGUGACGAUGGAUCAAUGAACUGACAUAAAAAGAACAUAUCCACGGUGUAACUCAAAAGACGCUUGCUGAUUUAACUUAAGGGCCAGAAUGAACGAAUAUGGAGUGAUAAACAGUGUAUGCUUCGUAGCCAUCAAUGUUUUUGAAUUAAAUAUUUCAUGAACACUGAUCGUCAGACACAAUAAUUAUCUUCGUUAAGAAGUAGUCAUCAGUCGCUCCCAACCCAGUCGCUUGUCAAAACGACGGUAACGCAUUCGGCUGGAAAUUCAUUUGUUAUGAAAAUUUUCUAUGUCAUUUAAAAAUGGACGGACUCGUGGAAAUCUUCCUCUUUUGCGGUGUUUUGUACUACUUCUUCAACUUGAGAGCGAAUAAUAUGGUAGAAGUCUUUUCUACUCGGUUGCAAGAGGUCUACGCAAAAUGGGAAACGCGGACGGACGUGACGCGAAAUUCGGAGCCGGCCGCAUCGCGAUUCUCAUUGGACGGAUUGCGACGUGUCGGGCAACAAGUGACGCAACAAAGAAGACGCGUCAGUAGCAGAGAACAGAUUCGCAAAGUCCGGGAAAGUUCCUUGUACAGGAUCAAGGAGGCCGAACCACUUACACCAGCUGUUUUUAGAGCACACUCCUUUCUCCACUUAUGCUGUAACAGUUGCACCCCGUCCUCCAAGAAUUCUCUGGUGAGCACGACAAGCAAGCAGUAUCAGAUAGGUGGAAAAGACAUAUUGAUAGUCGAUCCUGGACCAAGUCUUAUCUCGAAAAUCUUUCGACACAUAUCACAUGUCUACAGCUUCAAAAAAUACGACUAUCCCAAAGUCACUCAAACUAUAUUGAACGACGAGAGGCUAAAGGAUGCUAUCAAGUUGACAGCUCGUGACACUGUGACUAGUGAAGGAUGUUCUGAAGAUAGUGCAAUGGCUAAGGCCGAAGCACGGGCCAAGACAAUAUUAUUGCAGAUGCAAAGUAAUAUUAGUGACUUUUUACUCAGGAUAACAAUAUGGGUUCUUUACAAACUCCUCCCGUGUAUUUUGCAAUCCACUGUCGUACAGCCGUCGCAAAUAGAAAUGCUCAAGAAGGCAAGCGAUACCGGUUUGCCAUUGGUUAUGUUACCGCUGCACAAAAGUCAUUUAGACUAUAUAAUGAUUAGCUUUCUUAUGCUCAGCAACAAUAUCAAAAGUCCGCUUAUUGCUGCUGGUGACAAUCUAAAGAUUCCAUUUUUCGGGAAACUUUUGAGCAGCUUAGGUGCCUUUUUUAUAAAAAGACGCAUCGAUCCUGUCUUGGGGCGUAAAGAUCUCUUGUACCGUGCGGUUUUACAUACGUAUGUAAUGGAGAGCUUACGUGCUGGACACAAUAUUGAAUUUUUCAUGGAAGGUGGCCGAUCGAGAACUGGCAAACCUUGUAUGCCAAAGGGUGGUAUUUUGAGUGUUAUUGUUGAUGCCUAUAUGGAUGGUACGAUAGAAGACGCUUUGUUGGUACCUGUUGCAAUGAAUUAUGAGCGCCUAGUCGAUGGAAACUUUGUCAGGGAGCAAUUGGGCCAGCCGAAGAAAAUGGAAACAUUUAGAUCAACGAUUAGCGCUAUUUGGUCUACUUUAAUGGGGAGUUAUGGUAUUGUUAAAAUUGAAAUUUGUCAGCCGUUUUCUUUGAGGGAGAUGCUAAAAUCCUUCCAAGCGCAACAAAAUAAAUUACCUGUCACUGGUACCGUGGAGAAAACAUUAAAAUACACCAUGUCUACUUCAUCUUUGUAUGGAACUGACGUCGUAGUCGAGGAACAUCGUCAGCUGGUUGAUAGCAUUGCUCGACAUGUUGUGUAUGACUCUACUAAAGCUACACCCAUAAUGACGACGAAUGUCGUUGCUUUCCUGUUACUCAAUAAAUUCCGGGAUGGUUGUACACUGGAUAAGCUCGUAGAAGCAUUUGAUUCUAUAAGGCAAGAGCUGGAUUGGCUUGAUAAAGUUGUCGCUUUUUGCGGAGAAAGCAUUGAUAUCAUCAAUCACGCACUGGAUAUUUUGGGUCCAGGUUUAGUCCAACAGCAACGUCAAGAAAUUACAGAAACCAUUGAAGGACAAUCAGUCCGAAAAGAAGUUAUAACGGCGAUUAGACCUGUUUCUAUUUUGCCAAACGUUAUCGAACUAUCUUACUACAGCAACACCAUGGUCGUUCAUUAUAUCCUGGACAGCGUAGUAGUGACUGGAUUGUACGCUGCCUUGCAAUCGGAAAUAAAUGAUCCAAAGGCCAUUGCCGAAAAUGACAUUAGCGUUUUUCAGGAUGUUCUGUUGGAAAAAACGCUCAAGGUCUGUGAUAUUCUUAAAUACGAGUUCAUUUUUUGCAAGCCUUGCCAAGAUUUGGAGCAGGUCGUACUAGAGGCUAUAGGUAACCUUGCGGUGACGGGCAUCAUCACGUUGAAAGAGGAAAGUUAUUUGCAAGAUGAAAUAUGGAGUAAAAGAUAUGCUAAAAAUUUCGACGACAGUUCGGAUGAGGAACAUAAUCGUAAGAAACAAUCGAAAAAACUUCAGUACAAGCUCAGCUUAGAUCCUGAACACUCCAGUCGCAUGGAAUUCUUACAUACGUUACUACGACCAUGGAUAGAUACAUACACCUAUAGUGCCUUUACAUUGAGAAAAUUAGUCGGACGAUCCUUAUCCGAAAGAGAUUUAGUGUGUGAAGUACUUGCAGAGAUAAAAACAAAUUUAGAUCGUGGAAUUGUCAGCUAUGGUGAAAGUUUAUGCGUAGACCCCAUAAAGAAUUCUUUCAAACUUUUCGAAAAAUGGAAUGUCCUCGAAUGCCAUCCCCAGGAAAACGUAAAAAUUUACUACCUAAAGGAGGAGUACGAUGAAGAUUCAGCAGCUAACCAAAUAUACGAAAGCAUUGCGCAAUUUAAAUGGACAAGAAAUAUCGACUGAACGAGUACAUCCCGUGACUGAUAUAAUGAAUAAUUAAUCUUUUUUUUUAUUUACACCGAAAGGUAACUAAUUUGACUUCAGAUUUUUAUUUUAACGAUACGUACUACAAAUGUUCUUUUGAGUGAUGUUUGAUGCAUCGAUAUGUACUUUUUUUUUCUCAAAGAUGUUUCACACCGACUCUAGGCAACUCCUGUACAGUUAUAGAAAUGUAUGUGAUAAGAUAUGCGAUGUUGGGACGUUGUAUUAUAUAGUCAGCCUAAUAUAUUACCGUGCUACAUAUUCAACGUUACUAAUAUAAACUUCUCGCGUAGUAGAUGGGAUCCUGAAACUAGCUCUUUAUUGCAUAGAUGAGCUUGGAAUGUCUUUAAAAGAUCCACAUCUUCUUUGUCCAUCGAUAGUAAAGUAUUUCGAUGAUCCACGUAAUUGUGGCGAGAUUCAGACCAAAGGUAAGCAAAGCAAAAACACCUUUCAGAUGAUAUAAUUGUAAAAUUCGUCGUUCUGAAGAGACGCUGCCUAAUUGUUCAUAUUCUUGAGUGACAUUCUGAAUCCAAUGCGACAAAAUGCCAGCCUCUAAAACCAUCCGGAAAUAUUUAUUGAAUCCAGGAAUCAUUGGGUUUCCUUUGCGCAGUACUAGUACUACAUUGUACGUAAUUGAUGGUUUCAGUAGAUGAAAACCAUACAGCGCUGAGUAGUUCCUUUGAUUCAAUUGAUAUUCUGCACUCAUUUUAUUUGUAAAAACAGCCUGAUUUCCAUCCGUAAUUACCUGUUUUAAACAGUUAGGAACAUUCGAACAGGGUACAUAUCUCUUAAGGAUCUCUUUAUCGACUGGAUCCGUAUGAUCGAAAUAUUUUUCGGCUAGGUCCAUAAAAGCUGUAAGUAAUAUUAAUUUAUAUUAAAAAAUAGUGAAAGGUACAAUCGCUCAAAUGAAAUAAUUCGAGCAUGACGUUUCCUAUUUUUUAUAAUGGCGAGCGCUAUACGUUUUCUAUAAUAACAUGAUAUUAUAUAGCAUAAUAUACAUAUAGAGAAUCAUAACAAUUUUGUAUUCCGAUCAGAGCUCAUUCUUUGUCUGCAAUCACGUGGUACUAAUUGUAACGUAUCAUCGCAUAGUAUAUAAAAGAAAGUGCUCUAUUUUUAUAGAAAUCAUACAGAACCUAGCCAUGUAUAUGUUUAUUGCAAUUCGUAUAAUAAUUACUCAUUCGUAAUCCUGAGUCAAGAACAUCUUUUUGAUUUAAAAUUUCAUUUUUGUAUAUAUUCGUCACUAGCAAGCUAAGUAACACCAUUUUGUAUGCAUUAUACAGAUGUAAGCAGGCCAAUAUCCAUGGUGUUUUCAAGAAGCUUAUGACUGCUGAUUGAUAUACCGUUCCAAUCCCAUUUUCCAAAAGAGUUCCCCAGGUCCAUAAUAAAUAGUUACGCUCUCCAAUCAUCUUUAACAUAAAUGCUACACAUAUGAGAGUGCAUACUGUAGCUAACCAAGUUUCAGUGGAAAAACACAUAAUCCAACUAGACCACUGUAAGGACUGUUCGACUUGUGGUACUACCCAUACCAAGGAAUCCUAAAAAUAGAACACAAUGUUUGUUUAUCAUAGUUAUGAUAGUUUAUCGAUAUACGUACUUGUAAAUAUGGCUCUGUAAUGUCAGCCUUAUCUAAAUGCCACAGUUGGGGUAUUAUAGAACCAACUACACCAUCGUAUGGAAUCGUUUCUAAAUUCUUAUCAGAUAUUGUGGCAAUUAAAUUAAGUCGGACUAAUAAUUUGUUACAAGCAAGA